AUGGGAAACUAUGUCUCUUUCCGGUCAUGCAGCGCCGCCGGGAAGAUUGUUCUGUCUGACGGUUCGGUUCAUGAGUUUAUCAAGCCGGUAACUGUUGCUGAGCUGAUGUUGGAGCACCCCCAGCAGGUUGUUGUUGAGUUGAAUUCAGGGAAGGGGAGUGGUGGGAAAAGGCCAUCUCCAUUGCCUGCUGACAUGAAACUAGAGAUGGGGAAGGUGUAUCUGAUGCUUCCAAUGAAGAGAGGAAGGGCAGUGACACUGUCUUCUGAGGAAGCUCGCCGUGUUCUUUUGAGGGCUAGUUCAGUUCUGCAGUCCCAGUCCUUUCUAUCGUCCUCGAGGCUUUUGCCUUUUUUCGCUAAGAUAUGCCCUGCCGGCACCGGAGAUGGACCCGGGUAUGUGUUGAAUAGGAAGGAAAAAAGCUUGGUGAUGGAGAGUCCAGAGGAGAGGUGCAAGCCGGAGUUUGAUCUGCCGGAAGCUUUGGAGGGACGGCCUGAGUACUUGAGCAGGCAGUUUUCAGGCAAAGGGUGGAAGCCUAGUUUGGAUACCAUCGAGGAGAAGAAGAUUGAGAAGAAAGUACCUCACUGGUUAUUUUAA